AUGAAGUUAACACCAGACAAUCUUAGUCAAAAACUAGGCAAAAAAAUCGAUAUUGGAUCAGUCAGUGAAUUAUCACUUGAUUCAAUUGGUGUUAUAGAGGUAUCUUCAUUCGCUAGAUUAAAGUGUUUGGAAGUUCUCGAUCUCAGUCAGAAUCGUCUUCAACAAAUCCGUCAUAUUAAAGGUCUUUUUGAUUUGCCAAAGCUUCGUGAACUCAAUCUAAUUGGUAAUCCAGUAACUAAAGCACCAAACUAUCGUCAUACCGUUGUUGGUAGCAUUCCAACCUUACAAGUAUUGGAUGGAAAAGAAAUCUCCAAUGAAGAAAGAGAAGCAUCUAAACUUCCAAUUGUAAAAGAUCCACUGUCAAACGGUGGUGAUAAAGACGAUGAAGAGGAAGAUGAACCACAUGUAGUUGCCAAGCCAGUACCAAAAGUUGUUGAACAACCAAAGUCAACACCGGCACCAGUAGCCGCAACACCAGCACCAACUCCAAAACCAGUCGAACAACCAAAACCAACUCCAGUAGCAACACCAACUCCAAAACCAGUUGAACAACCAAAACCAACUCCAAAGCCAGUGGAACAACCAAAGCCAACUCCAACUCCAUCUCCAACACCAGCAGCAGCAGCACAAGCAGCUUCAUCUGAACCAACCGUAAGAGAAGUAAACAGAGAAAUCAAGAAGAAGUUGGUCAUUGACGAAGACGUUCUCUUUGAAUCAAGUUCAAAACCAAAAUCUAUUUCAUUUGAAAAGGAUGAUGUUGAUGAUUCAUUGUUCAGCACAGAUGACGAUUUGAAUAAGUUUGAAAAGAAAAAGCCAGCAGCAGCACCAAAGAAAGCUUCGUCUAUUACUUUCGUAGAUGAUGACGAAGACGAUUUGUUUGGUUCCUCAAAGAAAAAAUCUACAACAUCGACAACAAAGAAAGUAGCGGAUAUUGAUGACGAUCUAUUUGGUGACUUUGAGGAAAAGAGUGGUUUAAGUAAAGAUUUCGAUAUCGAUAGUUAUCUUAGUUCUCAGAAGGAUAGAAAGAAGAGUAAUUUAUUCGAAUAA